AUGGCAACGCUCGGACACCAUGGAGCUGUUUCCUCCAUAAUUCAGUUUAGCCCCCAGUUACAAGUUCAGCGUUCAUUAUGUAUUAUUUAAAGAUGUUUAUAUUAUGAACUGUUUGGCGAGCACAUGUUCUUAUAGUGUUUAUAGCAAAAUGUACCUUCGCAAAUACGCUCAGCACCUACUACAAUUAUCAUGGGUGUACGGGAGCGGAAAAAUUAGGGGUCAGAACAAAAUUUGCCGACUUUUGCAUUUUCCCCGACCAAUCAAAUUCCAUGCUAAACUUCGGAAACUUUCGACAAGCUAAAUAUGUUUCAUCACAUUUCCCUAUUUUCUUGCAUUUUUUACUAUUAUCUUACAUAUUUCUUCUUUUCAGUUUAUUUUCCCCACUUUUUUCCAACUUAACUACGUCUAACAUUUGCCAGACUUACGUUCAAAAUUUGCCGAACUUUUCGACAUCUCAAAUUUUCGGGGGGGCUAGCGACUGACAAGUAAUUUAUAAGGCCAAACACGUGAACUAAGAUCGUGCAAAGUAUAGAUUGCUCUAUCUUAUUCGAGCUCGAGAUUUCGCAUAUUAAACAAUUCUCAGGAAAUAUUCUCUUUGAUCAUAGCGUGGUAGUAUCCGAAAUAAAUCCUUAAUAAUUAACAUAUUUCACUUUUAGGUGACUCAAGCGCCAGUGAAAUUGUGACAGAAAUUUGGUACUCGUCGUUACUAAGCGAAAGAACGUACAACUACCUUUGUGCAUCGCUUCGGGGACUUCUUGCCUUGAAAAGUGCUGCGGAUUUGAAGACGGCGACAGGUGGACUGACCAGUUUGAACGAAAGCCACCUGAAAGUUUUAAGAGAAGUCUGGAAACGUUGGCUCGACAUGAGGGUGGAAGGUACAUCAAGCAUUCGAAAACAACGUCAAGAAGCAAUGAACGCAGACUCUGGGAGUUUCUUCGGCAAAAUCAAUUAUUACAAUUGUAUUCCUAAGGAACAUGUUCCAACUGCCCAGAAGUAUAUGGAAGAUGGUGUCUUUCAGCGCACACAGAAGUGUUCAUUCGCCGAAAAUCCCACACUAACAGCUUCUUCUUUAUUUCCCAAAGGUGGACCCUUUAACUAUUGUUGCCCCCCCAACGUCCUUCCAUUUGUUGGUUGGGAUUAUGUUGAAGUGAAGAAAUUCAAGCAUACUAAAUCACUUGUCACCAUGUAUGGAAAAUACAUCGACUCUAAGUUAGCCAGUUUCAUGGAAAAGCUUACUUCCAAACAAGUAAGCUUUGACAUCAUUUUGGGAAACUGUGUGAAUAUAGAGGAAUACCUAAACAAAGGGACGACAUAUGAUCGAAUUUUGACAUCUAAUCUCAUGGACUAUAUUCUCCUUCCGGAAUUAUUAAGGUAUAGUAUAUUCAAGAUUUAAAUUUAUAUUAUUGAUAUUUAACUGUCCUCGAAAAUACCUAGUGUGCAUUUCUGCUAAAGUAUUUCCAAGAAAUGCUUCACCAGAGAAACAGAAAAUUGUUGGAUCAUGAUGGGAUGUAAAUAAUCUAAAUUGCAUUUUUUAUCGAUCCAUCAUACAAUCCAGAGGGUCAAAAAAGUAAGUCAGUUCGAGAGAAAUUUGUAUAGUGAAGAUAAUUAUUAUUAGCAGGAGAAAUUAGAAACUAUAAUUUAUUGAGAUUCGGGUACAUAGUUAUAUUGUUUUGGACAUAAAACAUCCAUAUUCUAAGGUUAAGGACGAGAGGUACACAGCCAGCUGAAAACGAGUAAAUACAAACAUGGCUUCAUCAAACAAUACUGAUCAUUGUUUAAAUGACUCGCUCUGUAGAAAAGACAAUUUCUACAGUUCAUCGUCCUUAAUUGCUAUUAUAAUUCAGUUACAAAGCCCAUUGAUGUAGAUUGGUGGUGACCGAUGAAAUCAAGAGAGUUUCUUCAAUAAAAAAGGCAAUAUACGCUUGAGGGAACUGUUCCUGCGCAUUUAUAUACACCUAUUCGGCGUUGAACCCUAAAAGUUUAGAUUUUAAAAAUGGGUAAUUUUCAUUUUAGAAUGUAUUCUGACAAGCUAAAUCGAGAUAAUCCUUACGCGACGUUAAUAACAGAAUGCCAGAACUGGGUGAAUUUCUGUCCUGACGCAGAUGUGAGUAUGAUGCCAUUUGCCACCCCUGUACAGACAGCACACUUCAGCAGAAUUGUAAUGCAGGACACAAAUGACCCAGUUUUUGCCAACGAUGGCGGCACAACCUUCAGAGAAUAUUUGGAUAAUUCUAAUGAAUGGCAAGAUUAUCUUCGUGCUCUAUUUUACGUGUAUGACAAGCGGGAUGAAACCGGAACGUCCAAUUCAUCAAAAUUACCAAUUUUGAAAGAACUAGGCAAUAAAUUUCAGCUACGGCUGCGUGAUGGCUUCCGUAAUGAGAAUAGAAUUGUCUUCUUCAAACAAGCGGUUAAUCGACGAAGGGUGACAAUGGUAACUGGUCUUGAACGAUACAUGGAAUGGGUGGCUGCAUAG